GUAUAUCCUGCUGUCGGAACAACUGUUCAAUAGUGUAGCUCCGUACUGCAAUGCACAUUUAGAAACUCUGGUUUAGGAAGCCAAUUAGAAAUAACUUAAAUUAGAAGAAAGACAAACAUAGAUCGGUAAAAGCUACAAGUGUCUUCCAGCUUUACUAUCCAUUUCUGCUAGAUUUGUAGGCACAUAAAUCCACAAUGUCAGGCAAUACACAAAAGACUGAGAGCUGUCCCAUUCCUACCCGUGUGAUGCAGCUGAAGGACUGGUCUCAGCUUCCAGACUGUUACAGCCAAACACCUGGAGGAACCUUGUUCUCCACCACACCAGGAGGCACUCGUAUCAUCUAUGACAGGAAGUUCCUGCUGGACUGCAGGAACUCACCGAUCGCCCGUACUCCUCCUUGCUGUCUUCCCCAGAUUCCAGGGGUUACUGUACCUGCCAACCAUCCUAUGGGCAAGCUAGAGGAACUAAAAGAAGAGCUGGAGGAGGACAAGGACCUAGCAGCUGAAGCUGACCAGUUCGAGAUGGACAUUUAAGACUUGAACAUGCCUCCUAUGGAGAACACAUUUCCGCUGGGUUGCUGCUAUGUUACCCCAAACCAGAUCUCACUGGAUUCAACAGGCUCCAUUGCAGGAUUUUAAUAAAUAUAACAUCCAGAGGAUGUUUACAGUUUCAGGUAUUUUGUCAGCAGUGACAGCAGUAGCCAGAAGAGAGAGGGAAUGGUGCAUGGGCAUCAUUUAAAUGUUUUUUUAUUGUACAUAUGGUACUGUGUAUUUUUUAAUAAGGGAAAUGAGUUAUAAAACUAAAUUGGGGAGGGGGGUGUGGCAGUGACAAAUGUAUUUAUGUACUCAUUUUGAGGAUCUCGAUGGAUAACAGCAAAUGUGCCAAAUGUGUAACCAUCAGAAAUGAUCUUUGUAAACAAUUCAGCUGUAUUCUUUUACAAAAAAGGAAUCCCAUUUAUUUUGGGGUAUUCUCUGGUUUGUCAUUUGCUUAAAUCUUGUUGGGUUUUAUUACUUGAUUAAACUGUGAUAAACAUG